UUCAUGCUUCCAAGAAACCCAAUAGCGAGGGACACAGCAGAGCUUCCAUCUUCAUCAAGCCCUAGCAGCUCCGCCAAAACCAGACCCUCUUCUCGCAAACACAAACCCUCCAAAGAAAACGAUCCUCCUUCAGAUCACAACAUCAUCGUCCCUUACUCCCCCUCCCAUGUCAAAUCCAAGAGUCCGUUACCACCAAGACCUCCUUCUUCCAACCCUCUCAAACGCAAACUUGCUCUCGACACCAUCGCCGCCGAAAAUUCACUCCCGGCAACUACCGAUUCCGGCGUUAAGGUUAUUGUGAGGAUGAGGCCGUUGCGGAAGGAUAAGGACGAAGGAGAUCCUAUAGUUCAGAAGAUUUCUGGUGAUUCGUUAUCAAUUAAUGGUCGUACUUUCACCUUUGAUUCUGUUGCUGAUGUUGAAGCUACUCAGCUUGACAUUUUUGAGCAUGUUGGGGUUCCUUUGGUGGAGAAUUGUUUGGCUGGUUUCAAUAGUUCUGUCUUUGCUUAUGGACAGACGGGGAGUGGGAAAACGUAUACUAUGUGGGGUCCUGCCAAUUCUUUGGCUGAAGAAAAUGUAGCAAAAGAGCAACAAGGACUUACACCCCGUGUUUUUGAGAGACUGUUUGCGCGCAUAAAGGAAGAGCAAACAAAGCAUUCUGAUCAACAGCUCAAUUAUCAGUGCAACUGCUCUUUUCUUGAGAUAUACAAUGAACAGGUCACAGAUCUGUUGGAUCCGAGUCAAAGGAACCUUCAGAUUAGAGAAGAUGUCAAAUCAGGUGUGUAUGUUGAGAAUCUUACAGAGAAUCAAGUGUCUACAAUGGAGGAUGUUACUCAGUAA